AUGGCGUUGCCAUCGUCCGCGGGCUCUAGCAGCGCUCGGCUGACAGUCAAGUCGUCUUUUUUGCUGGCCUCGCAAUGGGUUCAAGAAAUCCUGCGAGCCUUCGCGGUGCGAGAUAUGCAGGCAGUCACUCAUGCUUUGCAGGCUGCUGAGAGCUUAAAGCUGGACAAGGAGGACUUGCUCAUAUCUGGGGCACUUUUUGUCUUGUCCACACCUGAAGUGUGGGCAGGGCUGAGUGAUUGUUUACACCAACGCCGAUUGCAGCUGGUCAAGAGGUGGCGAGCAAUUCCAGGUAGCGUGUCUCAAGCGCGGCACCGGCACCCAAUGGCAGGCCUCAGACCAGACGAUUUCCGCAACAAGGUGCAGGGGAUGGCUGAUUGGCUGACUUCUGUUGAUGGCCAGGCGACGUCGUCUGUGUGGCAUCUUCGUGCAGCGAUACAACUAGUUGGCCGAGGCUUCGCUUUCCCAGAACACCUGGAUGGCCUCCUGGACUCGGAUGUGAUGCGGUUUUCCGUAAAUGAGAAAGAACGAUGUUUGCUUCGCGCAGCGCUGUCGGCUGCAAGGGCGAAGGCGCAGGGCAAUCGAAAACGAGUGGCAGACCAAAUCAGUUCAGAGAGGCCCACUCAUGUGUCUGCGGGAAGCGUGGCUGACCUCGUCAAGGACAGCCGUGAUGCACCGCAAGCCUGCGAAGUUGCGCAAGUUAAGGGUGCCAGAGGUCCCAGGGCUGCAAUGAGGGCCUGGGCGAAUCAAGAGGCCAGCCAUUCACUGCAAUUGCUGGAUAACAGAGCUCAGCUGCUGAAGUUGUCCUCUCAGCAAGGUAGUGGGCCAUCGCUGGCGUCAGGACUGAAAGCAUGGCACAGCUUUGCUGUGUCAUUUUUGGGCUAUGACGCAAGCGCAACUCUUCCGCCCAAACGUCCAGAAGACGUGUUGCGGUUUGUGGCGCUAUUUUCGUCAGCAGGCACAGCCAAGAAUUAUGUGGGCUAUAUUGCGUGGGCCUGCAAGUUUCAUGCAUUGGCUCUAGCUUGGCGGACUGAAGAGGUUAACCUGGCUUUGCAGGGCCUCAAGAAGGCAGAGAGAGUGGCCGGACAGAGCUUGCUCAAGGCAGUGUCGCUGAUGACACCACACCUGCUGUCACAGCUUCUGCGUCUGUGUGACGGAAUGGUUGGUUUCGACCUUGAUGCCGAUCUGUACUUGCUCGCUUGGCAGUUCUUGCUGCGAGUGCAAUCUGAGGCCGUGCCAGUUCAGUGCGGGGAGGCGAGCGAGCAGCAUCUGCUGCCGGCGGGCCGUCACUCUGCAUUAUGGGUAGAUGAGCAGUUUACGUGCCACUUGCGCUUCAAACAGCGCAAGCACAUGCCGGACGGUUCCUACAUGACGAGGCCUUGCACAUGCACGAGGGGCAGAGUGGAUGAGCUCUGCAUUUCUCAUCGUCUCAAGCAGCGUCUGCAUGGUUUGACCACGGGGCAGCAGUUGUUCAAAUGGUCCCCGGGCCAGAUGCUGAAGAGAUUUCGGGAUAUGCUUACUAUGCUCGGCGUGCCUGAUGCAGGGCAUUUUGGGUUCAAAGCUUUCAGGGCGGGCAAAGCAACUGCCCUUGCAAAAGCUGGUUGCCCAACGCAUGUCAUCAUGCAGAUGGGGCAGUGGCGCAGUGCUGCAAUCCUCCGUUAUGUUGAUCCUGAUGCACUGGAUGAGGGAGUGUUCUGGAGUGAGGUAGCUCGCGAAUGUGAGGAAGACGAAGCCUAA